AUGCUUGAAAGUGAAAAGUCUGCGACGACAUUGCAUCAAGUGACAACAUCGAAUGAAACAGCGACGAUCUGUUCGAAAUGUGGAGAGAAAAUCUUGAAUGUGAUGACAGCAGAUGAAAAUCGAGUUUAUCAUCCACAUUGUUUCAAUUGUUCAGAUUGUGGGAAAACUUUAGCCGGAGGAUUUUUCUACAAAUCAAAGAACAACAAACCUGAUCCGACAUUGAGAAAUAGUUUGAUAGAACCUAUCCGUUUCUGCGAAGAUUGCUAUAAAAAAAUUGCACCGAAAUGUGCACGUUGUCAAAAUAUUAUUGAAGCGUCAUCGAUUGUAUGGGAAGAUAAAAAAUUUCAUGAAUCGUGUUUUACGUGUUGUGGAGUCGAUAAGAACGGAGUGGAAUGUCGAAAACCUAUGAAAGACGAAUCUGUUUAUCCGUUGAAAGAUAAAUGGUAUUGUAAAAACUGUUUUGAUCAGUUGAAUACUGGUAUAAGUGCAGCAUCCCGAGAUAUUCUCGGUGAGAAAUGUCACAAAUGUUACCGAGAAUUCGCUCCAGGAUCAUUAGUCAGCGAAUAUAAAGGAGAUUAUUAUCAUCCGACUUGUUUGGUCUGCUUUCAAUGUCAUUCAUCAAUUGCAAAUAAAUCCUUUUACCAUCAAGCCAAGUCCGACGAUCGACAAUCAGACGCGAAAUUUCUCUGCGAAAACUGUCAUAUCAAGAACGCUCAAGAAUGCGCCGAGUGUAAAAAUAAAAUCGUUAGUGGCGAAGCGAUCGGUUUCGAAGGCAAACAAUAUCAUCGCUCAUGUUUCAUCUGCCAGAAUUGUAAGAACGAAAUUGGCACUGCACAUUUUUUCAAAAGUAAAGACGGAAAAUACAUUUGUCAAAACUGUUCUUAUCAGCAGCAAGACUCUCAAAUGAAAUAA